CUCCCCCUCUUCCUGCUUGCAAACUCCACACUGAGCGUCCGACAGCCUGCUGCUCACCUGGAGGACCGACACACCUGUGUGAGCAUCACUGGAGAAUGUAGCUGCAGUUGUCCAGCCAGGACAGAGAAACACGCCACCAUGGGAGAAGCUCAGAAGGGCUUGCUCUCUGUCAUCGAGAAGCUGAAGGGAACCACAGAGCAGGAGGUCAGAAUAGUUCUUCUGGGUUUGGACAACGCCGGCAAAACCACCCUGCUCAAGAGUCUGGCGUCUGAAGAUGUGAACACCAUCACACCGACUCAGGGCUUUAACAUCAAGAGCGUCGCCUCUCAUGGCAUGAAACUCAAUGUCUGGGACAUCGGCGGUCAGAGGAAGAUCAGACCCUUCUGGAAGAAAUACCUUGAGAACACAGACCUGCUGAUAUAUGUGAUUGACAGCGCUGACAAGAAGCGGUUUGAAGAGACAGGACUGGAGCUGUCGGAGCUCAUUGACGAGGAGAACCUGAAGGGCGUUCCAGUUCUCAUCUUUGCCAAUAAGCAGGAUCUGGCCACAGCGUCACCAGCCAGUGAGAUCGCAGAGGGACUGAACCUGCACACGUACAGGGACCGCGAGUGGCAGAUCCAGGCGUGCUCAGCUGUGUCCGGAGAGGGAGUUCAGGAUGGAAUGAACUGGAUUUGCAACAACAUCGUCAACAAGAAGAAAUGAACCAACCCUUGAAACGUCAUUCUUAUAUGGAGUCUCUGAAGUCUUUCUACUCUUUGUCUUUUUUUUUUUAUGUCAAGGAUGUGUGUAGCUCACUCGACUAUGUCAAAGGGACAAUGUUGAAUCUCUUCUUUAAUGUGUGCGCGCGUGCAGCAAUUCUGUUCCACGAGGAAAUAACAAAUAAUAUAAUCCUCAGUUUAUGUGAGUGUCAUGUCAGUGCGUAGUGAAAUUAACUAGUCAAAUCAAAUAAUAAAAUAUGUUUCUGUUGAACUGA